CAUUUACUGGUAUACAACUGUACUCUAUCGUUCUUGUAAAAACUAUUUGUUGCUGUCUGUAUAAAUCGAAGUGAAUAAAAGGCGAAAUAUUAAAUAAAAGUUAUUUUAGAGAUAAUUUAUACAAAAAAAGAACAAUGCAAAUAAUUUAGUGAUGGGCUAAUUUAUGAAAAGUGUAUAAUAUGUAGAAGUGUAAAUCUCUUUACAAAUCGACAAAUUACUUAAUUGAAAUUGGUGAAUUUAUGAAUUGUAAAUACAAAUAUCUGAAAAGCUAAGAUCGCGGCAGCUAUAUAAGUAUAUGCAUAGAAAUUUUUAUAUAGAUAUUAAUACAAUAAUAUGAAAAGGCAAAAUGUUCGUACGCUAUCCUUGGUCGUUUGUACGUUUACAUAUUUGCUUAUUGGUGCGGCUGUUUUCGACUCACUGGAAUCACACACAGAAGCGAAGAGAUGGGAUUUUCUGCAAGCUGUAAAAAGCAAUUUCGUCAAAAAGUAUAAUGUUACUGCCGAAGACUAUCGGAUGAUGGAAAUAGUGAUUAUCGAAAAUAAACCACACAAAGCCGGGCCGCAGUGGAAAUUUGCCGGUGCCUUUUAUUUUGCUACCGUAGUUCUGGCUAUGAUUGGUUAUGGUCAUUCAACACCAGUCACAAUAGGGGGCAAAGCUUUUUGUAUGGCAUAUGCAAUGGUUGGCAUUCCGUUGGGCCUUGUCAUGUUCCAGUCGAUUGGAGAACGUUUAAAUAAGUUCGCUUCAGUAAUAAUACGACGAGCGAAACGUUAUAUGCACUGCACUCAAACCGAGGCAACUGAAAUGAAUUUAAUGUUAGCGACGGGUAUGCUAUCGUCCAUCAUUAUAACCACUGGCGCAGCAGUCUUUUCACGCUAUGAGGGCUGGAGUUAUUUCGACAGUUUCUAUUACUGCUUUGUGACGCUUACAACCAUCGGAUUCGGUGACUAUGUGGCGUUGCAAAACGAUCAGGCGCUGAUCAAUAAACCCGGCUAUGUUGCGCUCAGUUUGGUGUUUAUUCUAUUUGGACUUGCGGUAGUCGCUGCCAGUAUCAAUCUGCUGGUUCUUCGCUUCAUGACCAUGCAAGCCGAAGAUGCAAAACGUAACGAACAGGAUGCUCAAGAAGCCGCGGCAACUGCUUUCUCUCAUCAACAACUAGCCUACGACGUCGAAUCCAGUAAUUUCAAUAUGCAUGGUAAAAUGUUACUGAACUCAAAUUAUACGACAGACUUCGAUGAAACUUUAUCAAUUUGUUCAUGCACGUGCCUUGGGGGUACAAAGUGUCUAAAUCAUGAACCAUUUGUUGAUCCCGAUUUUCGACCUACUGAUAUCGUUGAGAGUACGCUGAGUUUGAAGCGUGCAUCGGUUUGAUAUAUGGCAACAAAAUAAUAAUGUUUUAUUGAACAAUGUUAAUUGUCAUAUGUAGAAAAGCUAAUAGACAGAUGUACAUAGGGCAUUAAUUAAGGUUGAAAAAUUAUAUGAUUAUGACAAGGUUAAGUUAACAAUUUUGUUUAACUCCAGUUAUUAUUAUUUUUCCUAAACGGUUGCCCUCCUCUUGCCCAUUAGAGUAUUACUUGAUUAUAAAAUAUAUAAUGCAUUGCAAUCUAAUCUAAGCUAGAUAUGUAAGUCAUGAACGCAGCAGUGGCGACUGCCCGAUACUAUAAUAUACUGAACGAAUUUUCAUGAAACCUUA